UUAGGUAGCUUCUCCCAUUUUUUAGUGCCGCAAAGGCAAAAUCAAACCGAAGAGAAGAAAAAGUAUGGCGAUGAUACAGUGGUGCGGCGCCAUAGCCAGGCGAAUGGUGAUGACGGAGGUUCGAAGACCUCCAUUUAUGGCGCCAUCAUCAAUGUCAUUCUCGGCAGCCGCAGGUGCGUCGGCCGGCGGGAUAGGGGUUCCGAUCCUGUGCGGACGAGGGGACAAGAAGACGAAGAAGGGCAAGAGGUUCAAGGGAUCGUACGGGAACUCUAGACCCAAGAAGGAGAAGAAGAUCGAGCGUAUUAAAGACAAGGUUGAGGUCCCCAGGUCCACUCCUUGGCCUCUCCCUUUCAAGCUUAUCUAGAAACUCUUUCCCUCUUUCUCUCUCUCUCUCUCUCUUUCUCUGUGUUAGGUUAUAGCUCAAGUUUAUUUGAUUGGAGGUUCUAGGGUUUAAGGGUUUUGUGGGUUGAAAAUGUGUACAUUUUUUAAGUUGAAUGAGUAAAAGCCCUGUGAUUUUGUUUGUGUAUCAACUAGGGUUUUGGUUCAGCAUUUUGGGGUUUUGCAUUUGGAUAAGUUAUGAUGAUGCUCUGUGUGAUUGCUUACAAUCGAAAUGUAGGAUGAACAAUCAAAUAAUCUCAGAAAUUAUUUCUUUUUGACA